GUUAAUCCGGUUAACGAGAUUUGCGGCGCAGACAAUAGUAGCACUGUAGUGGCUUGUUCAACUACAAUUGAUGUCGUUACUGAGAUUCUGGUCAGGUUCAAUCGCAAUUCAGAGACCCAAAACAAGAUCUUCGUGUGGAUUCUUUGAUCUUUCUCGAAGACACACUUCGCGCAGGAGCUCCAGGAAAUUCUGUUCUUGUGUGAAGUCGAAUCAACAAAAUGGAGCACAUUUCCAAUCUUCUUCGCUCCCCAGACAUUCUACCCUUUCUGGAAUGGAGGAUGCUUUGGCGGGCUAUCUCUUUGGCAAGAAGAGGGCCACGGACGUUGCUCACAUGGUAUGGAGGCAUGUUGUCCAGAAAGGGGAUACAGUUGUUGAUGCCACCUGUGGUAAUGGUUAUGACACCUUAGCAAUGCUCAAAUUGGUUGCUGAUAAUUCACAUAAGGGUUUGGUUUAUGCAUUGGACAUUCAGAAAGGUGCUUUGGAUAUGACUUCCUCCUUGCUGGACGAGUCCCUUAAUCCAACCGAGAAACAACUUAUCAAGCUCUUCAACGUCUGCCAUAGUAAAAUGGAGGAAGUUAUUCCAAGCCAUGCCUCCGUUAGGCUUGUUGCUUUCAACUUAGGUUAUCUUCCUGGUGGUGACAAAGAAAUAGUAACAAGAUCGGAGACAACAUUACAGGCACUAGAAGCUGCUAAAAGAAUUUUAAUGCCCGGAGGGCUUAUCAGCUUAGUGGUUUAUGUGGGGCACCCCGGAGGAUGGGAAGAAUUGGAAAGUAUUGAAGCUUUUGCUGCUAGACUGUCUCCUGAGGAUUGGAUCUGCUGUAAGCUCCAGAUGUUAAACCGACCAUCUGCUCCAAUACCCAUUUUCUUAUUCAAAAGAUAAUGCAAAAAUGACUUUCUGGUAUCUCUUCCUUUGAUUUUUAUAUUUAAUGUUCACCUUUGCUUGGCCGUUAGAUGUGUCCUGUUCUGAUUUCUUGCUCGAAAGAGUAUUAAUUUUUCUUCUGAACCCCUCUACCAGAGAAUUGAAUUACAUGUACAAGUGGAAAUUAGUUUAAUGAAGCCUUCAUUUGAUUA